AUGGCGACAACUACCACAAUCAAUCCGUUAGCGAAUCCAAAAGGUACCAAGAAAUUGUGCGAACUAUGCCAAAAGCCGGCUUAUAUUCAAUGCCCGAACUGUAGAGUAACUUAUUACUGUGAUAGGGAACAUCAAAAGCUCGACUGGGACGGAAUUCAUGCAGAAACCUGCCAGCUACUAAUUCCACUACGAACGCCUUUACCAUUUUCAUCUUCGGCUGACGAAAGAGCACAUCGAGAGCGACAGCAAUUAAAUCGUCAAAGACAAAUUAUUGAAUUAGCAAGAACUCAUGGUCAAAAAUUACUCUUUGAGAGUAAAUAUGAUUUGGUAGUACCAGCUGCAAUGCUGUGCCUAAAAUUUUCCAUCGGUCUUUAUGGUCUUAACAGCAUUGAGCUGGUACCAUCGUAUUUACUGCUAGGAGAGGCAAGCAUUGGGUUAGGAAGACUCAAGCAAGGAGAAGAUUACUUAUCACAGGCUCAGUGGACAGUCUUAAAAACUCCAGAAUGUCCAAAUCAAAUUAAAUCCAAACUAUAUCGAAAUCUUGGACUAUUGCAUGCGGCUAAAAAGAAUCAUUCGGAAGCUUUAUUGCAACUUGCUGACGAUAUAUAUCACUCGUCACUAGUCUAUGGUACCGAUCAUAUACAUACAUCAGGCGGCUAUUUUCAUAUGGCAAAUAUAUUUCUAAAAGAAGGAAGUCCUGAGAAAACGCUCACUUUAUAUGAUCGAGUAGUAACAGUAUGGUUUGCUCACCUUUCAUUGCUGAUAAAAGAACAUGAAAAAACAGCAAACUUAGAAGAUCCAGCGGCAAUUGUAGCUGGUCAAGAUGAGCUUUCAUUAGAUGUUGCUCAAGAAGCUGAAGCAAAACUAGUUUUGAACACUAUCCAAACUGUGGUGCAAGAGAAAAUUUUGCAUAAGGAGGAUCAUGAAUUAACUAUUAAAGUUCAUGCCGCUCUGGCUAUGUUACAUUAUAUCUUGAACGAGACCUCAAAGGUGAUAGAGAUGCUUGAUGUUAUCAAAAAAGUUGUCGAUAGGCCAUCAAAUAUCAAUUCCAAACUGGUUGAAUCUUACCAACAGUUUAGGUUAAUUGUUGAAAAACAUUUAUCAUAA